AUGCGAGCUCUACUGACAUCCAAAUCAUCACAAGGCGAUGCAUACGAUUUAUUACUUAAAAAGAUCGAGAAUCUCUCAAUAUAUCGCAAUAAUGCUGGUGAUGACCGGGUGAGCAAAAAUCGCCUUGCACUUGCCUGCAUUGCUCAGUCCCGCUAUCUGGAGGUCAUUUAUGAUUGUAAACGGGCUUUCAAUGCUGUAUUUGACUGCGAUUUGGAAAACUGGUGUCAUACGCCACGUGAUGCGCUAAUCCAUGCCCUCCCAGAAAUGCUGCCGUUUCCGGGUAUCCAAGAAGGUAAUUUUAAUGAAAAUGAAUAGUG